AUGAUAACGAAGGCAGUAGAAGCUAGUGGAACAGUUACUAUUACAACUGUAAACCAGCAACUAUUUCGAACAAAGAUGGAUUUUAAUGAAUGUUUCAUUCAUCCAAAGUCAUUCUCUUUAGACCCUAACAUUUAUACAGAACUUGUAGAACAUUAUACAAACGAGGCUUUAUGUUUUCCUGUUAAAGUUAUGGAUUGGAUUCCUAUGGACGGUUCAUUCUCAAAGAAUACAGAUAGUUCAAGUGCAACAUUUACAGCAGCUUAUACGCCUAUUAAUGUUAAAAGUAUUUGGGCACUAUUUAGAAAGAAAGACAACUAUUAUGUUAAUUUUGAGAACCCUAAGUUUAAAUAUCUUCAGCUUUCCAUGGGAGCUUAUGGAAAUAUGCCUGCAGAACCUGAAAAAUCAUAUGGACCUGUAUUUUAUGAAAUGGUUGCGAACGCUUGCAAUACAAACAAUGAUAUGAUAGGAUUUAAUGAAGAUGUUAUGAGGUCAUUGGUGGAUGAUGGUAGUGUGGAACAUAAAUGGGAUAGCUAUGACAACACACAUUUCUUAUGUGGUUUUCCAACAGAAGUGGACUUUUGCUUCCAGCAAGGUCAAACAUCUACUGCUCCAAUAACAUACAAAUUGUCUGUUAAAGGACCUAUUGAACUAGCAACUGAAAAUGUACCAAAGCCACUUAUUGGAUUUAUGAGGGAUUGUUGCUUUGCAAUACAAGUAAGACAGUCAGGCAUACCAAUAAUAAGACUUGACGACUAUAACUUAGCAACUGACGACAGUGAGGAAUAA